UAAGCUUCUUUGAUAAGUUCUCAAAGCUUCUUCGAAUCGCUUGUGAUGUAUAUGAAUAUGUACACUCAAGAAGCAAUUGAUAGUACUGCAAAAAAUUCUUCCAUCAUAAUAUGUCAUCCACUUCAAACAUAUUCUUGCUUGUUCUCAUUUUUGCUGCCUUAGUUCCACACAAAUCAGAUGGAGAAUUUCAGGAAUGGUGCAUAGCUGAUGAGCAAACUCCAGAAGAAGAGUUGCAGAUAGCACUUGAUUGGGCAUGUGGAAAGGGAGGAGCAGAUUGCAGAAUGAUACAAAAAAAUCAACCUUGUUACUUACCAAAUACAGUGAAAGAUCAUGCUUCUUUUGCUUUCAAUAAUUACUAUCACAAGUUUAAGCAUCAAGGAGCUACUUGUUACUUCAAUGCUGCUGCCAUGAUUACUGAUCUUGAUCCAAGUCAUAACUCCUGCCAAUUUUUGUAAUCUUCCGUGAGUGAAAUGAUUGGAGAUCAAUCUUGCAUUUGGCUUGGAAGUUGAGUUGAGUGAGUUUUGGCUCAAUUUGCUUAUAAUGUGUGUUUUUCAGUGAAAUUUGUAAUUUUUAUUUCUUUAUUAUAUUGUAAGGACAAGAGGAAAAAUUUUUGUUUGGCUCAAUUUACAUGUAUAUUUAUGCUUUGUGAAGUUAAAAUGGUUGGUGUUUAAAUCAAAUCAAUGUAGAAUUCAUUUUAUUUGUAAUGAAUUCAAUUAAUAAAUUUAA